GUUGCUGCUGGUGUGCUACGACGCCGUCGAGUGUUGUGUGCAAAAUCUUCCUCCCAUUUCCAUACGGUCGUCGAUGGAGUGUGUUUGUGUCUCUUCUGUGGGUAGCCGAUGGGUUUUAUUUACACUUUCCAUUAGCACAGUGCUCGAGGUCUUCGGCGAAGGUUUUGCAUCAUGAUGGAGUUAGAUUCUAGCUUUACUACUAUCGUAGUUUUCUCCCCAGUGUCGCCCCCGAUCGAUGUAAUAUCGUGACGGAUAUCGAACGGUGCUACGCAUAUCAUUGUACUUUCCCUCUGCGGGAGGCGAAAGAAGAAGGUGCCAAUGUUGGCUGGAAGUGAUGGGUCAUCGUGUUUUUCGCCCACCGGCCCCUUUAUCGGCGUUCUGCGUUCAUCGGCACGACUCGGUGCGACUCUCGUGAUGUUCCGGGGAAGAGGCUACGUCACGCCAAAGUAAACAUUCCGCCGUUUCACUGAAUUCGGAGGACCGCCAGCAGCAGCAGCCAACGUCACGAUGACGCCAGUCGUAAAAGGAACGGAUAGAGAACGAUAACAGCGAAACCAUCCCCCGGCACGUCGCAGUUCACUCCCAGAGUUCACCUCACCGGACACACAACGCGCGCACACACACACACGCACGGUUGCUCCCGGAGCUGGAACCUUUGUUGUUUGAGGCUGUCACUCGCAUAUCAUAUGGGACAUAAAUUAGUGCCCCUCCUCAUCCCAAAGUCCUGCUCCAAGAGUACGUGCAACACAGAAACAGCGUGUGCGAGACCAGUGGAAAACAACACUUCGAAAAACAGUGCAGUGACAAACUGAAUGAGUGUAAUUUGCCCGUCAAAGUUUACAUUGAUAUCGCCGCCCUUCCUCCAUCCCUCCUUUGGGCUGGCUGGGUUGGUUGUGUGGUGUGGUGUUGCUGAUUGCGGGGUGGACAAGAUCAACUGAGCUGAACUGUGCAAAUAGUCGCGCGAACAGCACAAAAAACGGCUCGUCUCGUGGUGGGCCUGGUGCAGGGCAUAAUAAACGACCGCGAAAUGCCUCCAAUGCCAACCGGUACCUCUGGAAGCGUAGUGUUGUCCCGAGGUCAAGCACCUCAGAAAAGUGUAAACACCGGGAAAUUAUUGUGACGGUGGUGGGGGAAUACAGGAGCCGAAUAAUAAGCUAACAAUACGCAGGAAUUUUAAUCACAUACACACACACGCACCGGAAAUGACGAAUGUUCGUAAAAAAUCGACGCUAAUCCGCUCGCUAUAGGACGGCAUCAAAUCGGGUCGCUAAUAAGAGAAGAUCGGACGUAAAGUUUUUAAGAGAUAGCCAGAGUUGGUAGCGGGAGGGCGACCAGAAGGGAACAGUGGACAUUUGUUAACCGAUCGUCGCAACCGUUCCCCCAAAUACCACAAUAUACCACCACGUGGUGUGGUGCACGUGGUGCGUAAACCGAACAGGGCGAAAACAUGUUAAACAAAGCACAAAAGCUAGUGCUCGGAAUAGUGUUACUGGUGCUGGUCGAUAUUAUAUGGGUUUCGUCGAGCGAACUAACCAAGUUUCUGUACGAAAAUGAAAACUACGACAAACCGUUCUUCUGCACGUACUUCAAGGCGUCUAUGUUCACCAUAUACCUGAUAGUGCUCGGCCUGAUAGCACCGUGGAAGGAGAGCUGCAACCGCAAUGGGAAUUACUCGCUGAUGGACACAAUCGAGGAGGACGAAGGAUACUACGCUAAUGGAACGUCCAGUUUGAGUGACUCCUCAUUCGUUCCCAUCAAAACGGACGCCCAAGUGUCCGGCACGGAAAGCGAUGACUCCAGCAUACGCAGCGUACGGUUCAGCAAGGUGGCGGAAGUACGCGAAAUGUCUCCGCACGAAGCGUCCGAAGCGCUGAUGUCGCGGCUCUCGUACGCAGCCAGCCUCCGAGUUCAUCGACAAAAAUCACACCACAAAACGGCUCGAACGGCUUUACUGUUCUGUGUGCUGUGGUUUAUUGCCAACUACAUGUUCCAGCUGGCACUGGAGCCGAGUGAAACGGCAAUGGUAACGCUGCUCAGUUCUAGCUCGAGCUUUUUCACCCUCAUCCUUGCCGCCAUGUUCCCAUCGUCCUGUGGGGAUAAGUUUACCUUCUCGAAGUGUUUCGCCGUGCUGUUGAGCAUUUCCGGCGCGGUAAUGGUUUCGAUGUCGGAAAUCGAUCAGCCGAAAAUGUCACGCGGCAUCGUGCUCGCCCUGCUGAGUGCAUUCUUCUACGCGUCCUAUCUGGUGCUAGUCAAGCGCAAAAGCGACACGGAAGAAAAGAUCAGCAUUCCCCUGUUUUUUGGCUUUGUGGGGCUGUGGAAUUUGCUGCUGCUGUGGCCGCUGCUUUUUGUGCUAAACUUUUCCCAGCUCGAAGUGUUCGAGCUACCCUCCCGGCGACAGUUUAUUGUUCUGUUUCUGAACGGGCUCAUCGGCACGGUACUGUCCGAGGCACUGUGGCUAUGGGGCUGCUUUCUAACGUCAUCCCUUAUCGGCACGGUCGCCAUAUCGCUACAGAUACCGCUGGCGAUGCUGUUCGACAUGGUGCUGCACGGUAAAACCUACCCGCUACUGUUCUAUCUCGGCUCACUGCCCAUGUUCCUUUCGCUGGUGCUGGUGGCCUUUCUGGUGAAGUUUGAUGACUGUGAUCCGCUGCUAAAGUUCGGCAAGUUAAUGUACCGGCGGCUGUGGAACUGCCGGAAAGCGAACGUUGUACGAAUACCGGAUCUGGAGGAGCAGCACGAGUCCCUCAUCGACGGUAGUCAUGAAAACUAGAGCGGGAAUGAACCGUACGUGGCGUCUGUUUUGCUCUCGGGUUAGUUACACACAAACACAUCACAGUAGUUCUAUCCGGUGCUCAGCGGUUUUGUAUCGUUUCUCGGAUCACUAUCCUUUGGUCGGGGAUCAUCAGCACAGUGAUGCGCCACAGAAGUCGUCAUCAGCUUUUGGCCAUUUUAUUGGACUUUCAUAACUUUAACUGGCAGAGUGCAAUUCGCUAAGGAACAAGGCGUUCAACAGCGAUCGUUUUUUUUAGUCUAAUUUUGACGAUUCCUGAUCA